AUGAGAUUGCUCACUUCCCAAAUUACGCUGUGCUUGUUGGUUCUGGUCACCUCAACGCUAGCGUUCCACGUCACCAACUUGUUUCCCGACUUGAGUGUCGACGCUCAUCGAACGGUCCCUCCAUCGAACCGAAGGCAUCACCGCUGCCUCGCACACUCGGCGAGGCACAAUAAUCACAAGAAGUGUAGACACGGCAGAAGAACUGGGCGCAAACACUUCGAUCAAACAAAGCUGGCGCACACGCAGGGUCAUCUAGCCCACCGCAACCGCCGCAAAAAACCGGCCACCGCGAGACUUGGCAAGAAACGGCCUGUUUCUCAUGUGGACCCUAAUCACAAGCGACCCGAGCAUGACCAAAGCAACCCACCGACCAUUCCGACCGGACCCACUUUGCAGCAACCAGAAUCAUCCGGAGUUCAAGUGCCCGAAACACCGGCCGGCAAGACGCCCCCUGAAAGACAAAUACCCGACGGGAAGGACCAGGUCUCAGAAAUCCAAGCGCUCGCUCUCGAGAAGAUCAAUGAGUUCCGUGCCCUCCACAACGCACCUCCCCUUCAGACCUCCCUCGAACUCGUGCAGAACGCAGUGGAGUGGACUUCGAAAUGCCACUACGGACACACUCCCGGUGCCUUCACGGGAGCAUACGGCGAGAUCAUCGCCCGGACCUCGGGGUGGCUUCCGGGUAGCAUGUCGGAAGCGAUCAAGCUCUGGACGGUGGACGAGGAGAAAGAUUUCGAUCCUAAAAACCCACAGGUCUCCCACUUCACUCAGGCCGUAUGGAAGGGAUCGAGAUAUUUGGGAUGUGCUUCGAGCGAUAAGUGUAAUAACCCAGUGGACCACUCGACGACCGUCACUGGUGACGGGGUCCCGAAGGACGAGCAGGACAGCGUCUUGUACAUUUGCCGAUUCCUGCCGGCGGGGAACCUCAAUGACAGAGCUGUGGGUAUCAUCUUGCUCAAGGGUUUUGCAGACUGGCCCUGAGUCCAAAUCGUAUUAACUGACGCUCACCAACGAUUUUUCAUUCAAUUUGACAGACCAUCAUUGCCAACGUCCAGCUCGCGAAGGGCCCCCAUCACCAAUAGCUGCCACAGUGUGA